UUUUUUUUAAAGAUAUAUUUUUAAAGCUUAUAUGUUACAUUUGAAAAGAAAGUGAAACAGUUUUAACAAAUUAUAUAUAGUUUUAAAGAUAUGCACUACAUGUAUAGUUGAUUAGGCCUUGUAGUUUAUUUUAUGUCUUUGAAAAUCCAAUUUGGCCUAAAGUAGCGCAAUCGAUGGGUCGAUCGCUGGCUGGCAAUGCCGUGAUGUUGGUACAUAUCGUCUGCUGGUCUCUGGGUAUGCUUGAGUUUUUUUUUCCCUCUGACAAGCGGAGACUCGCUCGUGGCCAGUGCAAGAUGUAUACCGUGUGCAAUCGUGUGAGUACUCGCGGCGCGUGAACGGGUGUGCGCGUGUGAGGUUUUAGGACACAUUCCGCGCUGUGUUUUCCUGUGGUGUGGUGUGUGUCCCUCGGCCGUCUUCUGUGAGAAUGAUUAAAUAGAUUCUUUGAUUCUAUUGGUAUUCAUGUUUGGAAAAGGAAAGUUCGUUUUAAAAUUUCUUGUGAGUAAAAAGGUGAUGAAACAGUUUGUUGGGAAUAACUAGAGUAAAUAAUUCAUCCAUUUAUUUCAAUAUUUCUGAUGGAGUAGCGAAGAAGACAGAAGGCCUAGAGAAAAGUUCGAAACUAAACUAAACAUAUCGGAACUUAUUUUUGGAGCUCGCGUUUCGUUCGCCUGUUGUUGAUAGUGUUGCCACGAGUUCUGGGACCCACCAAUGUUCGUGAUUCAUUGCUUUGUUGGAUAGUGCAGUCGUGCUCUCCCCGAGGAUGAAAUCGAGUUCAAAACCCAGGGAAAAACUGAUGGCCACGAGGGUUUAAAUUAAAUGUGCUCAUCAUACAUUGAUUAGUACUUUGACUCUCGUUUGCGCUGGUUCUCAAGCUGUUUUAACACUGUCUUAACGAGAAAUAGUGGUUAGAAGUGAGUCUUUUUAUAGUUCUACAGGUGAUAUUAGAACCAAUGUUGGUAACACUAUAAAGAAUUCACACCGAAUAUUCGGAGCGGUGCGACCAAUUAAAAGUUUGUGUUCAUUUCUUUCUGGAUCAACGCAUGACCUGAACGCCCACCAUGUCGCAUGCACACAAAGAUGACCUCUAUGUGGGGCCCUAUCGACUCGAGAAGACUCUCGGAAAGGGGCAAACUGGGCUCGUCAAACUCGGAGUACAUUGUGUCUCGGGAAAACGAGUCGCCAUUAAAAUAGUGAACCGGGAAAAGCUGAGUGAGUCUGUACUGAUGAAGGUGGAGCGUGAAAUAGCAAUCAUGAAGCUGAUAGAACAUCCACACGUUCUUGGAUUAUACGACGUCUAUGAGAAUAAAAAAUACUUGUAUCUGAUUUUAGAGCAUGUAUCAGGUGGCGAACUCUUUGACUACCUGGUGAAGAAAGGUCGACUCACGCCCAAAGAGGCCAGAAAAUUUUUCCGGCAAAUAAUUUCAGCUCUUGACUUUUGUCACAGUCACAACAUUUGUCAUCGAGACCUCAAGCCCGAGAACUUACUUCUGGACGAGAAGAGCAACAUCAGGGUGGCAGACUUCGGAAUGGCCUCCCUGCAGGUGGAGGGCUCCAUGCUUGAAACAAGUUGCGGGUCACCACAUUACGCAUGUCCGGAAGUAAUAAGGGGUGAAAAAUAUGAUGGCAGAAAGGCGGAUGUCUGGAGCUGUGGUGUGAUUCUGUAUGCCCUGUUGGUGGGCGCUCUUCCAUUUGAUGAUGAUAAUUUAAGGCAGCUUCUAGAAAAAGUAAAGAAAGGUGUUUUUCACAUUCCACAUUUUGUUCCCAUGGAUUGUCAGAAUCUUCUCAGAGGGAUGAUUGAAGUGGAUUCAGAUAAAAGAUUAACACUAGAAGAAGUAAUGCGUCACAGUUGGGUCCUGGUGGGAAGUAAGCAAGACCUAGAAGCAGAAUUACCCAUGAUGCAAAUUGUACAGACUUCAAUAAUUCCAUCGGUUGAAGACCUGGAUCCUGAUGUCUUGUCAACUAUGAAUUCAUUACAAUGUUUCAAAGACAAAGAAAAAUUAAUUUCAGAGCUACUCAAUGCAAAGCACAACACUGAAAAGGUCGUCUACUUUUUAUUGUUAGAUCGUAAACUCAGGAACCCUAGUGUAGAAGAUGAAGUGGAUGUCCGGCACCGUUCAGAAUCAGGUAAGAGCCACUCCACCAGUGUGUCAGCAGGCUCUGGCCAGGAACAAGCUGAUCCUCCAAGAAAAAGAGUUGAUGCAGUUCAGUUUGGUGGUCAGGCUAGACUAUCCCUCGGUAACAUUAGUGAAGGCUCACCAGUUGCUUCCAGACGAGCACUUAAAGUACAACAAGUAAGAAAGGCAAGCCUGAGUGGAAGUCCUAGCUCCUCACCUCUGUCCAGCCCUAAAUUGCCCAGAGCAGGACGGUCCACACCCUCCCACAGUCCAUCGGCCACACCACCAGGGUCUCCGUCUAUACAGUCGACACCUUGGAAGUCUCGGCUACACACCAUCAAGAACAGUUUCCUAGGCUCCCCGAGGUUCCACCGGCGGAAAAUGCAAGGUGAGGAGAGGGGAAGGGAAGGUUGGAAGGACAGAGAAGGAAGUGGAGCCACAAGCUCUAAAGGAGGUACAAAUGCCAAUGGUGGAGGUGCAAACCACCCCACUGUUAGUGAUCUUAUCACCAAUAUGCUAGCGCCAAAUGAGGGCGAUUAUUGUAGUCAUAUGUUUUCUCAUAAUCAUAACUCUGGUAAUGCUCAUAGCAACCAUCACAACAACACACCUUCCAAAGCAGGUUACUAUGGGAACCACAGUGGCAGCAGUGACAGCAGCAAUGGUGGACCACCUCCAAGCCCACCAGACUACAAAGAUGUCAUGACGGCAAGGAACGGUAUUACGCCCACGCGACACGGUUCCAACCAGCCUGACAGCAGCUCCAAGGAUAUUUUUAGCAUUGGCUCAAGAGCAAGUGUCGCUGGUAGGGACCACCUAUCACCACCUCCUUCACCAAACCUCAGCUUGAGAACCAAUCACCUUGCCUACAGAGAUCGGGAAGGUGCUGUAUAUGUGUCCUCUUCCACUGCAUCAACUCAGCACAGCACCCCUUCACCGCAGCUCCCACACAGAAACAUCCCCACCCCUAAUUUGACCACAGUCAACUCUCCAACUACUCUGAGAGACAGGGACUACAUAGGCAGCAGAGUUGGCAGUGGCAACACAGUCCAAACAGGCAAUACCUCCUCUACAGCAGUUAAAGAAAGAGAGUAUCUCUUAAUGAGAAACAGCAUUCUUGGCUCUCCCAGGUUUCACAGGCGCAAUAUGCCAGUGUAUCAGCCAGAGCCAAUAGAAAUGGAUAAUCUUACAGUUCCAACAUCAGAUGAAAUUACUAUGACACCAGAGUCAUCACCUGAACUUGCCAAAAGAUCUUGGUUUGGAGGACUGAUGGGAAUGGAACAAGAACAUCAUUUUGUUAUGGUCAGGGAGAAAAGUUUUUCGCAAGUCAAAGCUGAUUUGGUUCAUGCCUUCCUUUCAACUUGUGACUUGAGCCACUGUGUGGUAUCUACAACAACAUUUCGUGGGGAGUACAGGCGGGGUGGAGGCUCUUCAAUGUUCUCUAGAAAUGUUCGGUUUCAAGUGGACAUUAGCCCAGCCCCGGGAGAGCGUGAUGCAGCAUCGGCAACAACAUUUUGCUUGACCUUUACCCUUGUAUCUGGUCCAUCUCGACGUUUCCGACGUGUUUGUGAACACCUUCAAGCUUUAAUGUCAUCCCCAAGAGGAGAGAACCACAGAAAAAUUAGCACAGACAGCACUGUUUCAUAUUGUUCUGAAUUAGUUCCAGCUUCUUAUUGUUCUUCAGCUAAAGAGAAUGGAGAUUCUGAUAGCCAUGAUCGAGACAGGAAGCCACCCCUACCACCAAGAAAUCGAGACAUGACAAAACCUGUAAGCAGGAAAGCUCUAGCAGAAAAUUCAAACCGUGAUAAAGUUUGAUGCUUGUUGAGGUUUUCAUUAUUUUUACUCUUUUGUUGUGUUGGAAAUGCUAAGAUCUCUUGAACAGACCUACAGGCAGUUUUGACUAGAGUUUCUACAGCACGUUCUAUUCAUCAGCCUGUUACUGUGAAGCAUUAUGAGGUUGGUGUAGAGGUGGUCACCACAAUUUCUAUGGUUUCAAAAUAAAUUUUCACAAGAUUGACCUCGGAGUCUAUAAUUUAUUUUAUAAUAUUUUACUUCACUACCGUAGUAGCACACUAAUUUGGCCUAAUAUACCUCCAAUAUUAAAAUAUUGGCACAUAUGUUAGACCACUCUGUUGGCACUGCAGAUCUGCAGUUAGAUUAGUAGAAUAAAAAAAUAAAAAAAGCUCAAUGAACUAUGUGAAUGUGAUGAGUUUUUGUUAUGUUGACCUAGAAAUGAACUCUAGCAAUAUUCAAAUCAUUUAUAAUCACUUAUUCCUUAACAACUGCACCAUUUGAAGAAGAAGGUCUAGAUAAUUUUAUACCCUAUAUGGCUUGCGACAGGCAAAGAAUUGACAGGAAUGUUUUUAUUUUCUUGGUUAAUAGAAAUCAUUUGAGAUUAAUAUCAUAAUAUUUUUAAUAUUUUUCUGUAACUUAGUAGAAUUAACUUGGCAUUGUCUGACUAAACCAGCUACUUGGCAAAAAGGUUCAAUUCUAGAUCAUUGUCAUAUACUCUGGGCUCAUUUAAUUUAAUCAUUUUUUUUUAUUUUGUCGUCCAAGAAGUUAACAGCUUUUUAUGUAGGUCCAGAGUCCAGGCAUUCAGCAUUAUAAUUUUUGUCAGUCCUUUUUUUCAUCAAGUGACUGGUUUCGCUUGGCAGCAUCACAUUUAAUUUCUGUUUUCUUAGGUUUUAGAGUCUACCUUAUGAUGUUGCAUCUGCUUUUGCUCAAAAUUAUUUGCUAGAAGAACUUCCCAUUUCUUAUUUUUUCUUGUUCACACAUUCUAAAUUUUGUAAAAAUGAUUUUAGCUACUUAACGCUAUUAGAGAAAGACUUUUUUUUUCAGUAUUAUAUAGCUCAGUGUAUUUUAUUUGCUACUAUUUCUUUAAAAUGUGUUUUAAGUUUUUUUAUAAAGUCUCACAUAAAUAUGUGAAGGACUAAUAUGUUAUUGUUUUAUAAAUAGCACUCUUCUUUUAAGAACAGUGUUUUUGUUAAGCAACAGUGCAAAAGAUUUUUUUAAUGUGAUAAAAUUUCAUGAAAAUUGGUUUUCAAGAGGUUGUCUAUUUUGAUACAAAGAAGUACAAUAUAAACUCAACAAAAAGAAUUUCUUAUGUAACCCUACAACCCCUAAGUUUUAUAGAUAGGGUAGUUUUGUUGUUAUGCAUAUUAAUAGCAAUGGACAUUAUAAUAAUGUCUUUGAUUCUGAAGAUUAAGGAUGAGUACAGUGUUUCACAUGACUACACAAACAUUGUUUUGACCUGCUUAUUUUUCCAAAGCUGAUGCCGACAAAGCCAUUGUACUCAGAGGGUCUGCUUAAGUUUUCUUUACGUCUUCAGAGGCUUUUCAUUUAGGCUUCAAAUGUGUGUCCUGUAGCCUUUGUGAGAGCUCUCCAACUGUCUCUUUAGAGAGCAAAAUGGUGUAUGAGUUGAUCUUUAUAGCGCUUACAGUGAGCACCUCUUUAUGGACAUUUUAAAAUUAUUGUAACCCAAAAUCAUAAUUUUUUUUUUUAUAAACGCUCCUCAAGGAAAUUAAAAAUUAAAUGGAUAAUAGGGUUGCAAGAUUUUAAACUGAGAUCUAAAUUUAUCUACUAUUAAUUCAAAUGCUUAUCUUUUGAUUAAAAAAGAGUUUAGAAAGAAAAACUUUCUAAACGAUUCUCAAUUUCUUAUUUAGCCAGUACCCUCUCUUUUAGCAGUAUACAAUAACAAUUUUUUCUUCUUACCAACCAUCAUCGAAAUAGAUUUAAGUCACCUCCUCUCUACAAAAGACCCAACCCAGGUAGAAAAGCAUAAUACUGUAAUAAUCUGUUAGCAUAGCUUCUUCAUCAGCUCUAGACCUGGGCGGUACUCUGUUGUUUCUGAUUUAACUAAACUUUGGAGGAACUCCGUUGCUUUUGAUUUAACAUCACUGUGCUGUUAUCAGGAUUCAGAGUUUCUCUCGUAGGCACAGGCAGAUAGCCAGAGGUAUUUUAAGUUCACAGCAACAUGCUUGGAAGCAGACCCAAGCCCAAUGUUGUCUUGGACUGUCUGGCUCAUUGAGGUACUUCAGGAGCAUAAGCUUCAGACACCUAACUUUUCUCUCCUUUCUUCAUCUGUCUCUUCCAGUUGGUAUUUCUUGUUGAAAUGGUCGCAGCAAUCAAUGUCACACUCCUCAUUUUGAAACUCGCACUCGCAAGACUUACCCACAACACAGUUACAGACAAUACUACAGCCCCCCAGCCCCUCCAUCACCACUGUUUGUACAGCCCCCCUGUCCUGACCAGGCAACUGCUCUCUCACCAAGCAUACAAACAACUGCUUCUUCACCGAGUCUAUUUGAUUUUCCACUUGCGACACCAUUUCAUCCAACUUGUCCGGCAUUUUCCUAAUCCCUGUAUCAGUGUAUCAAUCUUUUUAGUCUUCUCCUGCCUCUUUGACCAGGAGAUCAGUAAUAUUAGGUUCAAAAUAAUUUACAUUCCUCUAAUGUAUUAGUAUUGAAAUCUAUUCCUCACCUUAAGUUAAUUUCUUACUAGUUGCAUUCUCUUUUUUUUUCUGUCUAAAGCUUUGCUUUUAAAUUUGAAGUUACUCAUUUUUGUGGUCGUCAAUAUGUUUAUAAAUAGUCAAUAUGCAACAACAAAAAUGGUAACGAAUUUCUUGUGUAAUUUUUCAUUUCACUCCUGAAAUGGUUGAGAUGAACGGAGCUGCUUGAAGCUUUAUCUACUCCGUUAUUGUCAUUGUUCAAUACUAUUUAUCAAUACUGGGGUUGUUGUUGUUUUUUUUUGUUUCUUAUUUUUAUGGUUGUGGUCUGUUUGAUGCUCAGCUGAAGUUAACUUAUUCUCUAGACUAGCUGGUGUAUGAAUGCUCAGCUUGUUUUGUAUACGGAAAUGUGUAAGAAAAAAAAAGGAAAUAUGCUUUUAUCUGGCCAAUAUCUGUACAUGUUGCUCCUGACUGGUCUGACACUUUAAUAUCUGUACAAGUCUGCCUCCUUUCACUUCAGGACAAAGGCUUGUAAGAAAAAUUGUAAAAAGUUUUUCUCCAUUAAAAACCUUUGCAGUUUGUGGCUAUCUACUUACAUAACAUUUGAAAUGUAUUAGUGAAACAUACAGCAAAUGAUGUUUUGUUAUAUUCCUGAUAUAUAUAUAUCAUUCUCUUAUAUCCUGGUUGCGAUAGAAGUAGUCUGCCCUUGAUGUUUUUUCUGUUCAAUAGAUUUUUAGUGACAAGUUUUCUUCAAGGAGCUUGACUAGCCCUUCAUUAUCCACCAGUGGGCAACUAUGACUUCCACAAUUCUGGUUAAGUUGUGCAAAUGUUGACAGUUUGCGUGAAAUAUUUAAUCAGCCAUGGAAUAAUCUUGCCACUGAAGUGGCUUUCUCAUGGUACAUGUUUUAAUGAUUAUCGACUUGCCUGAAUGGAAUAUACUGUCUAGAUGUUUUUGUUGUUUAAUCAUAUUUUUGUGUAAUCAAAAUGUUUCUUCAUUUAGGAACAAUGUUCAUUUUACCUCCAAGACAUCAUGGGACCAUUGACUCUUUGAAAUCAACAAUUUGCGCUUAUUUUGUUACGGCACAAUGUGUUUCCAAAGUUUUGCUUCAUUCUAUAAUUCUAACAUAAUCUUCAAAAAUAUUGUAAUAACAUUCAGGUGUGUUGAUUGUAUUUAUAUUAAGCUAUGUCACAUAUUAAAACAAACCAUUUUAUAAAUGGCUUAUAUUCAAACAGUGCUUUUUGUAGUACCCUAUCUAGAUAUCACUAUUGUUUUUCAACAUGACCAAUAAAAUGAUGACAUACUAAAGAUGGAGUAUAUAACCAAUUUAUAGUUGUAAUAUAGCUAUCAUAAGGGUGAAUCAAUAGUUGAACAGGAAACUAGCUACAAGUAAUUCUAUCAUCAUUGUGUUAGUUGUUAUGAUACAAAACAAACAAAUCUACUACCUCACAGUUUGAGAGAUUCCUGAAACACACUAAAUCCUGAACAUAUCACUACAAAUGGAGGAUUACUUGUUCAAGCAAUGUCUGUUUAUUUAGUAUUGCUGUUCACCUUUUAUCAUAGUGUGUAUGCUUGCUAAUCUAUCAGAGUUGUACACUUGAUCUUUCACAAACUGUGCAAUUCAGAAAUGAACUAUAUCUCCAUGUACACUUCUGUCUCUCUUGCCCUCCAGGUCACGAGUGUCAAGGCUGUCUAGUCAUAUGUUUUGUCAUUUUAUAUUUCCAAAGAAUUUAAUUUGAAAUUCUAACAGAAUCCAUAGGAUUUUGCUUUUUUUUUUUUUAACUUCUGUUUUUAUCAUGCUGGCAUAUUUUUUUAAAUAAAUAUCCUAUGUUUGUUUUUGUAGAAUUUGACAAUGUAGAUAUGUACAUAAAAUAAGCUAACAGAUUCAUACCAGUACACUGAGUUUGUUUUCUUGUUAAUGACAAAGACUGCUUUAGUGAUCCUUAUUGGAAUGUUGUGAUUACAGACUUUUUUUUUUCUCAAAAACAUUCACAAUAGAACUAUUCCACAGAAAGCAAAAUAAUAAAUAGAUCUAUUGAUCUUAAAACUUAUAAGAAAAUAAUUCUAUGGAACAUAUUUCUUUUUAAAAAAUUUUGCUUUUUUUUUUUGGUUUUCUUUUGAUUCAAUUUCAAUAAUUUAAACAUAUUUUUGUGGCAUCAUUAAAACCUGUGCAGUUAAAGCUUUUACAUAAAUUUGCAUCUCAUAAAAAGAAGACAAAAUAUAAAACUGAAUUGUUCAAUCAACUUUUAUUUCCCAAAAGAAAUUGUGUGGGAGAAGGAGAGUUCCAUUGAUUCAAAAAUGUUGUUCCACAAUAAAUGUUAACAAAAGUCAAAUAAGACAAGAACUUUGUAAUGAAGGUCUGAAUUGAAGGCCUACACAUACAAACUACAUAAUACUGAAUACCAGACAAAACAACCACUAGUCCAGAGUUGUCCUAGCUAAAUCUUGUACCUAACAAGGCUGAAUGCUGCUAGUCCUAGACCACAGACCCCCUCCAUUUCAAGGCACCAACAUUUCUGCCUUUUAGACAUUCCUUAAACCUGGACAGCAGCAACAAACACAAAUUCCCAUGAGUUAUAAUUACUUUGAAAACUUGAGUAUGGACUACCAGUCCUUAAUAUAAAAAAAUAA